AUGGCCCAAGAGACGAUUGUCCAUUUGGGCAUCCCUGUGGCAAGUUUGGUCCAUGGAAUAAUGGUGGAAGAAUGUACGGAAGAUGGUAUGGGCAUCAUGGAGGAUAUGGUGGCUGGGGACAUCACGGAGGAUACGGAGGAUGGGGACACCACGGAGGAUAUGGUUGGCGGGGACAUGGAUGUGCUGGUCGCUGGUGCAGACAUUGACUGUGUUCGACAGCGCUCGUCGAAAACUCCUCCAAUUGAUUUUGCCAACAUCUAUGACCAGUGCAGAGAUGAUGCGCUGUGA